AGCGUUUAUGCGACUCGACCGAGGUAUAGCAUUUUUACCUGUACCGUAAUGGCGCACCUGGCAGUUUUGAGGAUGACCUACUUCCGAUAAGUUUAACCCGAUUACGACUGCAGUUCAGAGUUUACUUUGCGUACAUAGUGUAUUUUAUACUUAAGAGAGUAAAUUAUUUUAUACACAUUGACUUACCUGUACGCGGAUAACAGAAUUUCCAACUUUGUGUCAAAAUAGGAAGUAAACAACUGCAUUUCGCGUCUGGAGAUUCAAACAGAGGUUGUCAUCAUGAGUUUAAAAGGUGUCGAUUCCUUGGACGAGAUUCCGUGGAUUUUUCGAGUAGGAUUUAUUCUACUACUUGUUUCCUGCCUUUUCCAUGUGAUUGGACUUGGAUCCGCUCACUGGGCCCUGACGGCCACUGACGAAUAUGGAACUGUGGAGUUCGCUGGCCUCUGGGAGAAAUGUGCAGAUCUGAAUUUGGGAGGGGAUGAAGCUGACUUUCAAUGUCAGGGUUUCGUCUGGGAAGAUGUUCAAGUUUCCCAUUGGUUCCGGACUAUUCAGACAAUGCAGUCAAUGAGCUUUAUUGGAAUGCUUGUGGUUGCUCUUCUAGCAGCUAUGUACAUGUUUGUCCCCGACCUGAGAGGCUACGCAACUCUGAGAUAUAUCUGUGUCCUUCUCCUAUUUGUGGCAGGACUCUUUAUUGUGACAACAUGCAUCGUGUUUGGAGCACUGAAAGAUGUCCAGAAAGCAAGAACCAUGCCCAAAUCGUAUGUGAAACUUUCCUGGAGCUUUGUGCUAGCCCUACUGGCUGGGAUCCUUGACUUUGUCGUUGCCAUUAUCUUCAUCAUUGGAGGAGAGAGAAAUGAUUAAUUAUUUCAACAUUGAUUUGUCCAGUUGAUUGUAUUUUGGUAAAAUCUAUUUCUAAAAGCAAAAAAACGAAAAUAAAAAAGAUCGAAAUAGAAAACAAAUAGUAAAUAGGAAUGAACCCAUCUUCGCUAACCGAGGGUUACAAUUUACCUUCUCCUACCCUUGGCUAGGGAAGAUGGAAUGAACCUUACAACGAGUCGACAGAAAGAAUUUCUUUCCAAAAUAUUUCAUUUCAUUUAAUCAAGUUUCAUAUUAGACAAGUGGAGAGCAUUCCGACUGUUUUAAUAACAUUUCCCAUUAGAAAUAGACACAAACCUUUCCAUUUCAAAACUUCUACUUUUCUAGUCAAAAUUAAUCAUUUUCAAAAAAAGCUUUAAAGAUUUUAAAAAAGUCAUUUCUGGUUGGCUUCUAUAGAAAAGGAAUUACUUGCAUGACUAAGUACCCGGGGUAUAUACAUUUGAUUCUUCAUUUAGGAAAAAAAAAAAAAAUAACCAACCGUGUAGAUGAAAGUAUAAACAUGGAUUAAAUUGGCACAAGAAAAGUUAAACAUCUUAAUCAAAUUUCUCAAGUCAGCCGCGCGCAGCAGCAUGAAAUUUUGUGCAAGAAAAAGGACAUGAAACCCAUCAAGCCUAAGCUCAGGUUUGCAUUACGGUACAUGUUUUGUAAACAAAAUUAUUGAAAAGAAAUUUUCUCCAGGCUAAGCUAGUAGAGUAUUUUUCAAAUUAAUCACUCAUCGCAAUUUUUUUACAUGUCAAAUACAUGUAUACAUAAUUUUAAUUUUCGAUAGGUCGCACCAUCGUUUCAUUAAUUUUUUUGCACUACAGAAAAAGAUAAUUGAAAUUCCCAUAUGAAGUUGUUUUGGAGCUGACUUGUCCACUAAAUAUUGACGACAGAAAAUGUCUAAAUCCAUGACACUUUCAAAUGAAUUAAAUCGGGAAGUCAUAUUGUCUUUCAGGAUUUCCAUCCCUUGAACUUUUUUUACAAUGAAUGAUUGCCUGGAUUUCUGUUUAUAGAAAUAGAUUCAGAAAAACUCAUUUCAUUCUUUAAUAAAUAUUUCAAGUUUUAAACACAAUGUAAUUCCUAUCCAAAGAUUCUCAUUCUAUUAUUUUCAAUUUUUAAAAUGAGAAAUCAAAUUUAGGAUGUUACAAUGUAUCACCUGUAUCUAACUUUCAUAAACUAUUUCUAGCAGAUCUUACAUUUCAACUGAAGUACACUUUUCACUUCCUUCUUGUCAUUAAAACCAUUUAUCAUCUUUGAAAUGUCAUACAUUAAUAAUUUCUACUGCAAUUAAUUUGAUAAUUAAAUGUUAUAUUCAUUUUUAUUCAUGGUUGUGUACAGUGUAUAUAAUAUACAUUCAAGUGUAUUUGUAAAUAUUUCUCAUAUUCACCUACGAAACCAAAAGAAAUUUAUUUUUGUACUGAAACAAUGUUUUGCAAUCAUUACCAGGUAUUUACCAGUUUCUUAAAUUCUCUUUUUUUUUCCACAAUCUGCUGCAGCUGUUAUCAUUGUAAAAUUGUUGAACACAUAUAAAGUAUUAAAUUACUUACAGACGAUAAGAAUACUGGUAAAAAUAACACACCGGUAUAUAUACAUACCUUUGGUACAGAAAUUUAGCUCCUGGUAUAUGGUGAUAUACCAUCAGUAUGUAAAUAGAUGUAGACCUUCAGGUGAGUUACUGUUAUCUACAGCUAUACAAAGAUAAAUUGUGUACCUAUUAUGUACCUAUUGUGUACCUAUUAUGUUGAUGAACAAAUGUCUCUUAGACAAACAGUAGUUACAUCAAUGUUUUGCCCAGCAUUACCGUAUCUUGGCAUUUCCUGACUUUGGACACACCAGUACUUUACAUUAAAUUUCACUGCCAGAGCAGAAAUUCAUUUCUACCUUGUAACACUAACAGUGCUCCUGGCUUCCCUACUGUAGUGAUUUUUGUAGAUUUCUUGAGAACAAGUUUGACCUUACGAUCAUAGCUAAAUCGAGGUGUCUUAAAGAGGAGUAUUAUUGAUAAAUGGUAAUCAAGUAAAUAGAGAGCAUUAACCAAGAUAUCCUUUAUUUACAUAUUUCUUUAUCUGUACCCGAGUCAGAGUUUCCUCUGACCCCUACACCAGACAUCUGUCUGAAUGUCCAAGUCUGGUGUUUUAUGGUUAGAUGAAACUUGGGCUAUCCAUACCGAGCCAGUGUUUCCUCUGACCCCUCUACCAGACAUGUCGGAAUGUCCAAGUCACUGUUUUAGGGCCAGAUGAAACUUGGGGUAUCCAUACCCGAGCCAGAGUUUCCUCUGACCCCUCUACCAGACAUGUCAGAAUGUCCAAGUUACUGUUUUAGGGACAGAUGAAACUUGGGCUAUCCAUACCGAGCAAGAGUUUCCUCUGACCCCUCUACCAGACAUAUCAGAAUGUCCAAGUCACUGUUUUAGGGACAGAUGAAACUUGGGCUAUCCAUACCGAGCAAGAGUUUCCUCUGACCCCUCUACCAGACAUGUCAGAAUGUCCAAGUCACUGUUUUAGGGACAGAUGAAACUUGGGCUAUCCAUACCCGAGCCAGAGUUUCCUCUGACCCCUCUACCAGACAUGUCAGAAUGUCCAAGUCACUGUUUUAGGGCCAGAUGAAACUUGGGCUAUCCAUACCCGAGCCAGAGUUUCCUCUGACCCCUCUACCAGACAUUUGUCAGAAUGUCCAAGUCUGGUGUUUUAGGGCCAGAUGAAACUCAGGCUAUCCAUACCCCUUUUCAUUUUAUGUAUCAACCAAAAAGAUGUUUUAGAAAUGGAUUUUUUUUUUACAUAUACAUGUAUUACCAUUAAACAAAAUGUAAUCUAGAUUUUGAAUAUUUAAGUGUUCAAUAGAAACUAAUAUUGUUGACUUAAAGACAAAGGAAGUUGUAUGUAUAUAUUGUAUCUGUAGUAUAAUACCACACUAUCACAGAAAUUUUACCAUAAUCGUUCAUAAAUGAGACCACCACAUUUAUUUUUAUAAACUGAAUCAUUUUUUAUCUUCUAUCAUUUAAUGAAAAGAUUUACAAGCCAUAUGAAAACUGUUGUUCCGAACAUUAAUUUCUGUAUUCCUGUUUGUGAUUGGUUGUGUAUUUAUUUUGUCGAUUGCGAUACAGUUUUAUUCUCGUAAAGAGCUUGGUUAUGCUGUAGAUGUAAAGACAAUAAUUUAUUUAAUACACUAAACUUUUUACAAUCUUUGUGUGAUUUGGUUAAAAAAAAUCUUGUUGCUACAAAAACUACAGAAUGUUUUUCCAAACUUCUUUUUUUUUCACAGAAUUAGAAUAUGUUAUGUUUUGUGUUAGUGUAGAGUCAAUUAACAGUUAGUCACUUACAAGUUUUUGGGCCAAAAUCAGAAAAAUCCAGAAUUGUGUAUUACAUUGUAUAUGGUUAUAUUUUUAUUAGUUUCUGUAAAAUAUCAAUAACAAAAUGAUAUUACACAUUACGCCUACUAAUACCCCUCCUUGGCAUAAUAAACUAAUCCAGAUCAAUAGUUUUUGGGUAAAUUAUCAUGUUGAAAGGGGCGACAUAAUUUAAUCCUGAUUGCCAUAUCUUGUAUUUUUUUUUUGAAUUAUUAUAAAUCAAAACAUCUAUGGAAAGUGUAUACAUUAAAUGGAUUGCUAGGUGUGUUCUUUUGAUGACAACUUGUUAUUAUCAGAUGGUAUUUUUCAUUUUGGAAGAUUUUCGGGCAUUGAUUACACAUGUUUAAACAACUAAGAUCACUCUUUAAUUUUAGAAUGCAGCGAGACUAAAAGGUAAUUUGAAAGAAAAAAAAACCUGAACAUUUUAGCUAUAUACAUCGGUAAUGUCACCAAUUCUACAAAUACUCUUUCAUUCUGCUGUACAGACAUUUAAUUGACUGCUGACUUAGCCCUGAGGUCUAAAAACAAUAUAUGUAUACUUUUACAACUAUGCAUCAUAUAAUCAUAGGAACUAGAAGAAAUUUUCUCGUUUGAGUUAUCUCCCUUUUGCUGAAGUGUAAAUAUAACAAAUGUAAUUUGUAAAUAGUUUUUUAUCAGCGAUUUAAAGAUGUAUUUUCUGUCUAAUGAAUAUGUACCAGACAAUAAACUACUGAUUAUAAACAUGAA